CUAACCGGCCUUCAUACGCCGGCUACUUACACCCUGCCUUCUCUCUUCUCCAUUGCAAACUUGUUCUACAUAGGAGUCUAUCUGAACUCUUGUACACCAUCUAUACCGCUAGUGGCAUGGAGGAAGAGGGUUUGAGUACAUGGCUUGGCCUAGGGAUAGGCAACGGCGGCGGCAGCGCUCUGAGGCACCGGAUCGACGACGGCGAGCGGAGGUCCUUGGUGCAAUUCGACGUGCUGUUCCCGCAGAGUGUCAAGGAAGGGAAGGGACGCGAUCGUGAACAAGCGGUGAACAAGAAGGCCGAGAAGGGUGCAAGGAAGAGGUUGAAGAUCACUGAUGACGGCCGCCGUCACGGUCCGAGCCCGAGCGACUGCGGUGAUGACGGUGGCGACGGCGCCACCAGAAAGAAGCUCCGGGUCACGAAGGAGCAGUCGACCCUGCUCGAAGACACCUUCCGUGCCCACAACAUACUAUCCCAUGCUCAGAAGCACGAGCUCGCGCGGCAGGUGAAUCUAAGCCCGAGACAGGUGGAAGUGUGGUUCCAAAAUAGGAGGGCCAGAACAAAGAUGAAGCAGACGGAGGUGGACUGCGAGCUCCUGAAGCGCUGCUGCGAGAGCCUGACCGGCGAGAACCAGCGUCUGAAGCACGAGCUCAUGGAGCUGCAGCGGUCGGUGGCGGCGGCGGCAGCUGGACUCUACGUCCGGUUCCCGCGGGCCAAGGCGAUGGCGAGCAUCUGCCCGUCCUGCGACAAGGUCACCGUGAUGAGCGGUGGCGAGACGAGCAAAAGCUCCAGCUACUCAUCCUAAACGGUUCCACCUACUUGAUGCGAUCGAUGAGCUAGCGUGCUUUAAUUUCGAGGCUUCUUCGUGUGAGUUUGUGUAGAUAAGCGUGCGCGCUAAUAACUUUUGAUGCCCUUACAUAUGGCCUGCACGCUGUUAGAACAUGCAUACAACCUUGCUAUAUAUUGGGAUGAUGAAAUCAUGGUUGUUUUCAGUUAGUAUAAUUUUAUCUUACUCUUAGUUAUCGAACAAAUUAUCUAGUCACACCGCAAUUAUUUUGU